AUGCAACAACAGACAGUGGAAACAACGAAUCAAGAAAACCAGCAAGAAUGGCAUGAACUUUUGAGCGAAUUUUUUUUGAAAAUUCAAAUGGUUGAAACAAAUAGGGCUUUUCAAACGGAAUUGAUUGUUCUUUCUUCUGAGCAUGAAAAGCAAAUAACAAAGUAUUUAGAUCGAUUAUUACAAGAGUUAACAGUCAAUGAAUCAACAUCACCUAUUAAGAGAAAAAACGAUCAAGAAGAUGGGUCACCGAUCGAAGAGAAUGAGAAUCCGGCAAAAAAAAUUCAAAAGUUAAUGGAUCCACAAAUUGUUCAAAUCAAGGCAACUAACUCGGAGAUUGAACAAAAAAUCGAUACAUUUAUUGAUCACAAAAAAUCCGAGAUUAAUGAUAGUAAUAGGACAGAAUUUUUGCGAAAAUCGAGUAACCCUGAAGAAAUCAAUCGCAACAUUCAAAUGAAACUUGAUGUUGUAAACAAUGAGGAUGGACCCUUAGCGCGCUCAACGUUUUCAUCAGCGCAUCAACGGAAUGAAACAAAUAAGACAUCACCAGCUUGUUUAUCAUCAGGAGUUGAAGAAAGAAUACAGAAUAUCGAAAAACAUUUAAAUGUACAAAUUGUUUCUCUGGAUGUUUAUGCAAGAAUAAAAAUUUUGGAAGAUAAAAUUAUGCAACUCGAAAGGGAAUAUCCGCCUUGGGCAGCGUUAAAUUUUAAUCAGCCAAAUCGACAACUACCACCACCACCCGCGACAAUUAUUUCAAAAAACGUAAAUAAUGAAAUAAUUAGCAAUGUGGCACCAACAACAUUAGGAAAGAAAAUAGCACCGAAACUUGUAUCUAUUCCUCCACCUAAUUCUAAUCCAGUGGUUGAUGUGAGGGCAAAUUUACCAAGCAAUUUAACACAACAAUCAUUUAAAUUAUCACGUACACCACGUCCGAUUAAACCCAAAGGAAGAGAACGUGGGCAAACAUCACUAACACGAACAAUAAUGGAACAAUUGAGGCCGAUACAGUGCGUUGAUAGUGAACGACAAAAGGAUGAUAGUUUGGUGUUGAAUGAACCUACAGAGAAAUCUUUGUUGAAUUCGUAG